AUGGGUAAUUUUGUUGUCGUACCAUCGUUUCAUCGAAGAGUAAAGAUUUUAAAUGGUGAUGUCGAUGAAAUAUCAAUAAAUUCUCAAGCAACUACAGUAGAAUGUAAGAAUUAUCGUGUUUAUUAUGAUGCUACAUCGAAUAUUGAAUCAUCUCUAUGGCUUGAUAUUAAAAAUCGAAAGAAACAUAAAUCACAGACAAAUCGUAUUCGAACAACACGUUAUAAUAUUUUAACAUUUAUACCAAAGAAUCUUUUUGAACAAUUUCAUCGUGUCGCAAAUAUUUAUUUUGCUGCAUUAAUUGCUCUCAAUUGGGUACCCGUGAUAAAUGCCGUUUCGAAAGCUGUUGCUUUCAUACCUUUGACAGUUAUUUUAGUUAUAACUGGUAUAAAAGAUCUUGUUGAAGACUUAAAACGAUGGCGAAGUGAUAUAAAUAUUAAUAAACAAAUAACUGAAGUUUAUGAUAAAACAUCACGAACAUUUGUUCAAUGUAAAUGGGAAGAUUUAUCGGUUGGAAGUAUUGUUCGAGUACAUGUCAAUGAAACAGUACCAGCUGAUAUUCUUCUACUUUCUUCGACAUCAUGUGAAAGUACUUGUUAUUUGGAUACAGCUGCUAUUGAUGGUGAAACAAAUUUGAAACAAAAAAGUAUUCCAUCUUGUUUUUUAAAUCUUUCUAAACCCGAAGACGCAAAUUUUGAAUUGCAAUGUGAUUUACCAAACGAAGAUAUCUACCAUUUUCAUGGUAGAAUAACAUUAUCAUCAGAAACAAAUGUCUAUCCAUGUGAUAAUAAUAAUAUUCUAUUACGUGGAUGUGUACUUCGAAUAACUGAUUAUGUUGAUGGAAUUAUUGUGUAUGCUGGUAAUCAAACAAAAGUUAUUAAAUCAUCGAAAAAAACGUCAAGUAAACAUUCACGUAUCGAAAGACAUAUUAAUCGUGAUGUAUUAUUUUCAAGUGUGAUAUUACUAUUUUUGUGUUUACUUGGUGCUGGUUUAUCAUUACGUAUGGAGCGUUCAUUUGGUGAUAACUGGAUUUAUGUUCCAUUUAUUUUGGAUAAUCCAUUUCAAAAUGCUGCUGGUCAUUUUUUUGCAUCUGCUUUACGUUUCAUGAUAUUAUAUCAAGUAAUGGUUCCUAUAGCAUUAUAUGUUUCAUUAGAUAUUGUACGCGUUUUACAAAUGUAUAGAAUAGGACGGGAUAAAAAUUUAAAAUAUGAACAUCCAAUUAGUUGCCGAACUUUUACAAUUAAUGAAGAUCUUGGUCAAAUUGGCUAUAUUUUUUCCGAUAAAACGGGCACAAUAACACAGAAUAAACUUAUAUUUAGAACAGUAUCUAUAGGUGGUUUACAAUAUUCAAAUCGUUCCGAAUUACCAAACGAGUAUAAUCCAUUAAUUCAUCAUUUUCUAACAGCACUUGCUAUUUGUAAUACAUCAUUUAUUGUUCAUGAACAACGAGAAUUGAUGUAUCGUCUUGAUUAUCAACCAAAAUAUGAAGGAGAUAAUGCUGAUGAUCUUGUACUUUGUCAAGCAGCAUCAAAUUUUGGUUUUCGAAUGAUAUCACGUUCAGCAAAAACUAUUGUUGUUCGUUAUAUUAAUUCAACUGAUACACAAAAAGAAGAUAUUGAAUAUGAAAUUUUAUGUUUAUUACCCUUUGAUUCAAGCCGAAGACGAAUGUCAAUUAUUGUUCGUACUAAUAAUAAAAUAUAUUUGUAUAUCAAAGGUGCUGAAACAUCUAUAUUACCAAAUUUAGAUGAUUUAAAUGAUUGGAAUUUAAAAGCAGUUACUGAACAACAUACUUUAGAUUUUGCUGAACAAGGUUAUCGUUCUUUAUUAGUUGCCUACAGAGAAAUAUCAUUAGAAAAUUUUGAAACUUGGUUUGAACAAUAUCAAAAUGCAGCUAAUUCACUUGAAAAUCAUGAAGAAGCUAUUGCCGAAGCUGCAAAUGGAAUUGAAAUUAAUUUAAUGUUAGCUGGAUUAACAGCUGUAGAAGAUAAAUUACAAGAUGGUGUACCAAAAGCUAUUGCAACAUUAAGAUGUGCUGGAAUUAAAAUUUGGCUUGUAACUGGUGAUAAACAAGCUACAGCUUUAAGUACAGCACAAGCUGCAUCGUUAGUCAAUAUGACACAAACAGUUAAUUUAGAUCAUGAUUCAUUAUCUGAAAACAAUGCACCAGCAAUGACAACAUGGGAUUUUUCUGAAACAGCACAAGCUCAAUUAAAACAACGCACUCAUAUGAUUUAUUUUAGUUCACAAUUAAAUGAAACUGAUCAACAAUUAGAUGUUCAACAUCAAUCAAUAAUGGAUGAAAUACGGACUAGUGAAACAAUUGCUCGAAUAAAUGAAGAUAUUGCUGCACAAACAUUGCCUGUAUGUCUAGUCGUUACUGGUGAUGAUUUAAAUUUAAUUCUUCGAUAUAGACGCAAAGAAUUUAUUCGAGUUGCUGGUCAAUGUCAAUCAGUUAUUUUUUGUCGAGUGUCAGCAACACAAAAACGUGAACUUGUUACAACUGCUACAUCUGUAUUUAAACAUCGUAUAUUAGCUAUUGGUGAUGGUGCUAAUGAUGUUGGAAUGAUUCGUGAAUCUCAUUGUGGUGUUGCUGUUUAUGGUCGUGAAGGAUCACAAGCAGUUGCUGCUGGUGAUUUUGCUGUUGAUCGUUUUGAAUGUCUUCUUUGUCUAUUACUUGUGCAUGGUGCUUGGUGUUUUACUCGUACAAGUGAAUUAAUUUUAUAUACAUUUAUGCAUAAUUGUCAAUUUGUAUUCGUUAUUUUUUAUUAUCAACUUUUCAAUGGAUACUCGGGCAUUGCUUGUCUUCAUUCUUUUUGUAAGUAUUUUUGA